AUGAUAGUACAAUUUGAUUGGUUGGAACUGUCAGGUGAUAAGACUAUAUAGUAUGACUGGCACAUAAAAGUUCGUAGUCUCCGUUUAGUAUUCUUUAGUCUCUUUCAGAAAAACAAAUUAGUCUAAUAAUGUCACCGACUUCCUCUGAAGCUGCCACCUCUUCUUGUUCGGGCAGGCUUCGGCGUUUGUCGUCACCGGCCUUCUAGCCACUGCCGCUCCUCAUCUCAUCAUUCCAUUUGUUUUGUCUUGUUUAUUACACACACCUGGUUCAUAUCCCCUCAUCAGUACCUGUAUAAGUGUUCCCUCUGCCCCCUUGUCUUUGUGUGUGAUUGUUUAUUGUGGAGGAUAGCUAAGCUUGGUGGAGCUCCGUGUAUUUUGUAUCGACGGGAUAUUUCCCUGUGUGCCUUGUAUUUUCCAGUGCGCCUGUUUUGCGCACUAGAGUGUUCGACGCAUUUCUGCAUAACUCUGUAUUUGCGGAAUAAAGCCUGUUAUUCUGUGAUUUACCCUCCUGCGCCUGACUCCUUCGACAUCACCUCAUCACAAAUACAUAAUUUGUGAUGAGUUUCAAUAAAAUAAUGGAUUGAUUAGGUAUAGAUUUCAUACCAUGACAAUGACUAUGAUGUUACUGUACUUACUAUUAUCGAUUAUCAUAACUUUUUUAAAUUUUUAUUCCCAUCACUACCUCACUACUUUUACAUCUCUACUCAGGAGUUGUGACUAACCCAUUUGCUCCUCUUUGUAACCAUUAGAGACAUGGUCGCCGAGCUACAUCUACACUGCCUUGUCAAAGCCAGUAGAAUUGCCUGGUAUCCAUGAAUUCACUGACAUGGGUCUGAUGAAUGACAAACAUAUUGAUUACUAUGACAGUGUGGCAAAGAAGAAGAUUCCCAAACAGGCCUGGAUGAGGGAAAAGCUGCAAUUAGACUACUGGGAAAAAAGCAGUCAGUCACAAAAGUGCAAGGAGCAGUGGUUCAAAGUCAACGUCAACAUCCUGUAG